GUACAGAUCUCUCUUCUUGUUAUGUACUUCACCGCUGUGUAACCAAAUUCUUGUAAGGGCAGACUGUUUACCGCGAGAAUCCCGAUGACCUUGGGUGAAAGUAAAUAGUGCCUCUAAAAACUAACAUUGUAGUGGGCGUGUUGUAACGAUAGCUUUCUGAACGUGGAGAGAUAAUUUAAACAGUACAAAAUCAAGGAAAUCGCUAAAAAUUUACAGUUUUUGAUGGAAUUAAACUAGUGUCUGAAGACCAUGCUAAAUUACGUCACAGAAUUACUACACGAUGGCUGACUGGGGAAUUCCCAGGGAGAACCACGCUCGACUGACCGAGAAACUGUAAACAUGAAACUAAUAGCUAAGGUUUUACAGGGAGAUAUGUGUUCGAUAGAGGUUGAUCCAACAGAAAGUGUAUUGAAGAUUAAGCACAUUCUUGAGGAUAAGACAAAAAUUCCAGUGGCCCAGCAGAAAGUCGUGUUUCAAGGGAAACCAUUGGGAGAUUUCAGUACUGUUGGAGAAUGUGGCUUGAAGGAUGGAAGUCGUUUGUUUGUGGUUAGGCAGAAGGGCAAAGACUUGGUCAGAGGCAACAAUUCUGCUAGCCCCACAUCCAUUACUAAAGCAAUGUCACCAGAAGAGCAAGCUUGGUGGGCAGAACUAAGACGAUUUUUACUCAGACAUUUCACUAAAGAAAAUGCAGAGCUUGUGUUACAGGAAUAUAAAAAGGACUUGGACAAGACAAUCAACAGCUUGAACUUGGAUGACAUUGAGCGAUUUGCCACAGCGAAGUUAACAGGA